AAAUUUCGCAGACAAAAAUUCGCAAUUUAGGGUUGGGGUUAUUAUUCCACAACAAAAAUGAAAGCUUCAGUCAAAUUCCGGGAGGACCAGAAGCCAUUGCUGCGGGCCAAAGUGCCCCUCAGCAUCUUGGGCUUGCCGUUCCAAUCGGGAAUCGUCGCCGGCGAGUCCAAGGAGCUCACUCUCAACCUCGGCACCUUCUUCGAAUCCGGGCCGUCGGUUCGGGUCGCCUACCGCCCCAACGACACGUGGAACCCCUUCUCCGUCGUCGUCAAGACCGGCACCGGCUCCUUCGGCUCUCCGUUCCACAGCUCCAUGCUGAUGAGCGCCGAAUUCAAUCUGCUCGGCCGCGGAAGCAACCCUAGCUUCAUGCUCCACUUCAAGCCUCAGUUUGGGGACUUCUCCGUCAAGAAGUCGUCGCAGUCCUCCGCCCUGGAUAAGAUGCUGGGCUCCCAAGACGGCGUCGUUUCCGGGGAGAAUCCGUCGAUCAAGGUCGUGGAGGCGCCGGCCGUGGACGGAUUGUUUCCCGGGAAGAAGAUUACGGUUUUGCCCUUCGAGAAAGCUGCCUCCGGUGCCAUGUCCGGUCUGUUCUCCGGGAUGGAGGUGUCGGCGAGGACGUCGAUGCCGGUGAGAAACCGGGCCGUGGUGAGCUUGCGGUGGGGAGUGAGGGUUCCGGCGGAGCUGAAGAGCGGGGAUUAUCGGACGGCGGGGAUUGCGUUUCAGAAAAUCCCGUUCCUGGUGAUGAACAAGAUCGGGAUCGAGCACGUGGACGGUGGGGAUUCGAAGGGAAGCAGCAACACAAAUGCCGGUCCGGGGUUGACGUUUCCGGGAAAUGUGGAGGUGGCGGAGGCUUGUUUUACUGUGAAGCGUCAGUUGGAGGCUUUACAGAGCGAGAAUGGGUUGCUGAGAAAAGCUGUGGAGGAUCUGCGGCAAGAAAUCGCCGGAGGGAGUUUCAAUUCGGGGAAGUACCGUGGAAUGGAGAGGAGUAGUGGGAAUUGUGACAAGAAAUCGCAAGAGGGAGAUGUGAGUGAGGAGUUGAAGAAGGCUCUAAUGGGUGCUUGAAUCUGCCGAAAAUUCAGUUAUAGGUUCUUUACGAGAUUGGUAAUGCUAUUUGGUGCAUUUAUAAGAACUUUUUUUGUGUUGUUGCUUGGUAUUAAGGUGGUGCGUGUACAUUGCUGCGUAAUAAGGGUAGGGUGGUGAUAGCAAUGAUUUUUGGAUCAAAAUUAUGAUAUUUAUAUGCUUUUGGUUAGUUAUGCAAUAGCUUGUGCUUGUAGCCUUGAUUUGUAUCAACUAAGUUUCGUCAUAUUACUCUGAAGUUUGUUUGCUAUGUGUAAAUGCUGAAAUCCAAUUGCAUACCCUCCAGGCUAAUAUGACUUAUUUGGUCUCUUAUA